GCUUAGUGACAUGGGACAUGCAGGUGUCUCUGCAGCAGCAUCAGUGAGCCUAGAUACUGUUUCACUGCUGGACAUGGAGCACUUUAUCCAUCACUAAAGCAUCACAAAGGACAGAUAUGGAGGAGAGUGUCGACUUCAAGGCUCUAAGGGCCCGCUUCAACAACAAAGCCAACACCUCAGACACCAGCAGCCGAGACAGCGGCUCCCCAAAGUCACCACGACCCAACUUUGAGAGGUCAAUCCUACAGGUGACGGAGAACAAUCUGGUCAAUCACAGACUCCCACCUACGGUUCCUCCACCCACAGCCAGCCCAGGCCUGGUGAGGUUCCCCAGGCAAGAACAGAUGUCGGCCCCCCCGCCCUCCAGACCUGCUUUUGCCCCUCGACUACCUCCCAACCCAGGACUCAGACCAGCCGCUCAGCCUGCAGAUGUCAGCAAUGUCAGGCAGACUGGGGAGAUGCUGCAGCACAUGAUGCUGAGGCACCAGAGACCUCCAGGACCAAAGCCAAGUCCAGCUCCAGCUCCAGCUCCUGCUCCUUCUCAGGCUCCUGUCUCCGCUCACGCCUCCGUCCCACCACCGCUCCGACAGCAGCCCCGGCAGAGGAGCACAGCUGAGGUGACCCCGCUGAGGAGGCCUCUGCCGCCUGAAGGGCCCCUGCCGCUGAAACCUAAACGGCCUCCAAAUGUGAAUCUAGAGCCUUUUAUGAGGCCACAGCGAGGACCAGCACUGCCAGCAGCGAGACAGCAGCACAGUUCACCUGGAAAAGUGUCUUCACCUGCACUUGUGAAUCUUCCAAAACCACCUCAGAGAACCAACAAACCCAAGCUGCCGCACCAGGUUGCCUCUGUUGACAUUCAAGACACCUAUGAUGACGUUGGAAGCUUUGAGAAAAGCGAGUCCUGGAGUGACAAUAGUUCACAUUGUUUGGAUGGGGAUGAUGAUGAUGAUGUGUACGAGUCUAUCGAUGAGGAUCAGGUUGAGGUAAAUCGAGUAAAAGGUGAGAAGAAAAACAAAAAAGAAGCAAAGAAGCAGCGGGAGCAGGAGAAGAAAGAGCAGAUGGAGCGUCAGAAAAAGGAAAAUACGCUGAAGAAGAACUUUCAGUUGAAAGGGGAGGUGGAGGUUCUUCAUACAGCCAGGGUGAGACAUGACUGGAAUGGAGGAGGAAAACUGGACCUCAGUGUACAACAAGGAGAGAGUGUGGAGAUAAUACGAGUGAAGAAUAACCCAGGAGGCAAAUGGUUAGCACGAUCUUUAGAUGGAAACUACGGAUACAUCAGUAAUACAUGUGUGGAUGUGGACUAUGAGGCAGUGAAGCGGAAGUUACUGCAGUCCAGAAAACCAGAGUUAUCACCUCUACCUCCUCCACCUCCAGACCCUCCACAGAUGUUACAUGUGGAUUCAAAUAACAGAGACAGCAUGUUUGAAAACGACGAUGACUAUGAUGACGUUCAAACAAUGUCUGAGGAUUUCCCCCCACCUCCACCUGAAAUAAGCAUAGAUCCUAAAAUUAUAAAGGAGCUGAGAAAAAAAUUUAAGUAUGAAGGGACACUCAAUGUGCUGCACACCAUGAUGGUGGAUCCUAACAGUGUCAUAAAGAAGCCAGGAGCAAAUUAUUUGCAAGUGACUCAGGGGGAAGUCCUGGACAUCAUAGAGCUCACCAACAACAAGAAAGCUCUUUGUCGCAACCAGUAUGGAAAAUAUGGUUAUGUGUCCAGAUCUCUUCUUCUUCCAAUGGAAGGAGACAUUUACGAUGAUGUUGACUAUGGAGGCGACAUUUACGACAAUGACUCUCCACACAUCAAUCAUUAAAACAUAUUAAAGUCAACCCAUGGACUCACGAAAAAGAUGGAGAAAUACAGAAAAAAACAAACUUUAUUAGACAAAUAUUCAAACUUAAGCUACAUAGUCCUUUGAUUCAGGUUUUCUUUUUUGCAUCAUCUGUUUGUCUGUCCAUCCAUCCCUCCUUCCUUCAAUUUUUUUCCACUUAUCUGGGGUCAGAACUCCCUGGUCCACAUCUUUACCUGCCACCCAGCUUACUAUGCACUUGACCCCCAUGCCCAUACCUGCAGUUGGUGGGCCCUCAGGGUGGAAACUCCACCUUCAACCAGCUGCAAUCAAUGAAUUAAGGACUUAAAGAGACAUACCCUAUGCUGAACAUAACAAACUUUUCAUUGUCAAACUGUUUAUCAAACUGCUUGUGAAUAAAUGAAUACACUAUUACUGUAGCUUUGUGUUUUGCAUGACCUCUGAGAUAAUGUAAAAUAAAUAAAGUUGAGGG